AUGCAGGACCCGGAAAAUUGCCUGCCCCUGGGCUCUCUCAAUAAUCCCACCCUUAGCAGCUACAAAGUCCUCUACUACUUCGGCGUACUGGCAAUACAGGCUCUUCUACUUCCGAAGUUUCAGUGUGACUCCAGCCAAAAGCGUGGCUUUUGGAAAGGCAAGUUGACUUUGUACGGGCUUACAUUUGAGUCAGACUAUUCUUUCCAUACCCCUCUCCAAGCCAAAAGUGCUAUGGCGCGUAAAGCCCUUGAGAAGCUGCGCGCCCCUACUCUUCCUGGACAGUGUCGCCAGAACCGAUGGAAUGCCCUCGGACGAUGGGGUGGAGUUGGACUGACAUCUUGA